CGGAUGACAUGAACCUAACGAUGAGCGGCGACCACGAGAUUGCGGGCAUUAAUUCAAUUCUGCCCAAAGAGCACAACGGAACCCAAUUCUUCAAUUUGCCGAUUGUUAGCAAUUGCGACAAAGAUGUGUCGGCUGUGGGCGGAUGGGACUCAUCCAUACACGACUCCCUAUACCUGAACCGAAUCACUCCACCCAACGAACGCGUGUAUCUCAUUCUCAAAGUGUCGGUACGGCUCAGCCAUCCGGCGGUCAUGGAGUUAGUGCUCCGCAAACGGGUGUCAAUCAAUGUCUACAAAAAGCAAUCGCUGACCGGACGGCUGUUCAAGAAGAUCGGUCGCGUCGACUGUCAGACGGCCACUGGUCUCACGUAUGAGAUCGUGUCCUCCAUUCCGAAGGCCAGCGAAGAUAUCGAAGAUCGCGAAACGUUGGCUUUGAUGGCGGCCUCGGGUCAGGACAGCACCGCUUUCGACGGCGAAAGUUAUAUCGAAAAGUAUACGAAAGGCGUUUCGGCCGUCGAAAGCAUUUUAUCGCUCGACCGACUCCGACAAGAAGUGGCCGCAAAGGAACUGUUGGCCCGAAAGGGGAAAUUCAACACAACUUCCAUCAGUCAGGAGGCGCUGAUCCGAAAGACGGCGAGUGUACCCAAUAUGGCACAAAUGGCUUUCCUUUCGCCCUCAAUGAACACCAGUUUAACUAAAUCAGAGAAAUCCGACUCUUCUUUCGACUUGUCGUACAUCACAAACACGGCUUACGAAGGCUUUGAUCGCAUUCGACAAAAGGCUUCCACUUAUCUGAGCGGUGGUUCGACCGCUGCCUUCACAGCACAGCCGACGCCCGACACACACAGACCUACGGCUAACUCAGCGCCCGUUUCGGCCGCCACCACACCAUCCGAUCCGAUGCUUCCCAAUAGAAACUCAAUGACAGCCAAUCGGCCAAACUUUCUGAACCUAAACUUCAAUCUCAAUCUAGCGCUUAGACAGACGUCCGGUAAA